AGGAAAACAUCUUUAUCUUAGAGUGAAGGGAAAAAAGUGGAAAAGCAACAGAUCUGAGGGGCGGUUUAUGCUGUCGAAUAAAAUCUGAAUCGUCUCUCAGGAUAAGUCGUGCUGUAGGGGAUGCUGGGGGUGGCAGAGAUGACGGGCAGCAACAUGGCCAAUGCCCUGGCAAACGCCUCGUGCGAACGGUGUAAAAGCGGCUUUGCCCCGGCGGAGAAAAUUGUCAACAGCAAUGGCGAGCUGUAUCACGAACAGUGCUUCGUCUGCGCCCAGUGUUUCCAGCAGUUUCCUGAAGGACUCUUUUACGAGUUUGAGGGAAGGAAAUACUGUGAGCAUGAUUUCCAGAUGUUGUUUGCUCCCUGUUGUCACCAGUGUGGAGAGUUUAUAAUUGGGCGUGUGAUUAAGGCCAUGAAUAACAGCUGGCACCCUGACUGUUUCUGCUGUGAUAUCUGCCAAGCCGUGCUCGCCGAUGUUGGAUUCGUCAAGAACGCCGGCCGCCAUCUCUGCCGUCCGUGUCAUAACCGCGAGAAAGCUCGGGGCCUCGGGAAGUACAUCUGUCAGAAGUGUCACGCCAUCAUUGAGGAACAGCCCCUCAUUUUCAAAAAUGACCCCUACCAUCCCGAUCACUUCAACUGCAGCAACUGCGGUAAGGAGCUGACUGCGGAUGCUCGCGAGCUGAAAGGUGAACUCUACUGCCUCCCCUGCCAUGAUAAGAUGGGUGUGCCGAUCUGCGGAGCAUGCAGGCGUCCAAUCGAGGGCCGUGUGGUCAAUGCCAUGGGCAAACAGUGGCACGUCGAGCAUUUUGUCUGUGCCAAAUGCGAGAAACCUUUCCUGGGACACCGUCAUUACGAGAGAAAAGGUCUUGCUUACUGCGAGACUCACUACAACCAGCUCUUUGGUGAUGUUUGUUACCAUUGCAACCGUGUGAUCGAAGGAGACGUGGUGUCGGCUCUGAAUAAGGCUUGGUGUGUGAAUUGCUUCUCGUGCUCGACCUGUAACACCAAGCUCACUCUCAAGAACAAGUUUGUGGAGUUUGACAUGAAGCCAGUGUGUAAGAAAUGUUACGAGAAGUUUCCUCUGGAGCUGAAGAAGAGGCUCAAGAAGCUUGCAGAGACCUUGGGCCGCAAGUAGAUCUCCUCGCCAUCUUUGGUGCUUUAAGAAUGAAUGGAGACCAAACUAAAUCUGGACCGCAUUUCAUUUCGGAUUAGUUUUCACUUGUGUCUUACUUUUAUCGUUCUUAAAAGUUUUUCCAUGAUUGAAAGUAGCCAGCAGAUUUUCUUUGGUCUCGUUCCAACAGAUUGUUCUUGUGUCUUAACACAAUGCAACCAAAACCAAAUACUUUUAUAAUGUUUAUUGAUAUAUAUAUAUGUACUCGCAUGUUUAUGAAGAUAAUGCAAGUUGUAGUCCCACUGUUCAGAGCAUGUUUUUGACAUUUGUUGCCUCGUAUGCAAUGCCACAGAACUUUUUCUCAAG